AUGGCAGGGGAGCGGAGGGAGGUGCGGCGGCAGCGCUGGCUCAGCACGCUGCCCCGGGCUGAGCGCUGCUGCAGUGCUCCGGGCUGGCACCUGGCAGCCGCCCUGCUGCCCCGCUGGCCUGUGUCGGUGGGAGGAAUGCGGGCAGGGAAUGGCUGGUGGGAACGGCGCUGCAGGUUUGUCUCGGUGGAAGUUGAUUUCUCAAGACAUUUCCGAUCUCGGAAGAAGAGCCAUUCAGAUCAGCAAUGCUACCCUGAGCUGGUGAGGAGUCACUCAAAGAUGGGUUUCAUCUUCACUGUGGCUUCUGUUUCUGAGAAGUGCAAGAAGGUGGUGGUGGAAAGUGUAUCUCUGCCCGCAAAGCCUGUCCUUGAGAACUUGAAUUUCUGCUUGGGUGGCAAUGCUGCAUACUUCAGAGAAGGCAACUGGUGGACUGAUAGCAAGGACAUGGUCAAAGAAAGUGCCGCCUCUGGUCGUUGCAACUCACAGGUAAAUAGCAAGCAACACAAAAUGGAUGCUCAGUUGUUUUCCCCAUUGCUGGGAGGAAUCAGUAGCACGCCGCCUCCGCUGGAGUCCUCCCGGCUCUACAGCGACUGGGCAGCACGGGAAGAGGAGAUCAGCUCCAAACCUUCCUUUCAGGACUGCUCAAAGAAACGGGCACCAAUUAGCCUGUCGUACUCUGGCAAUGCCCCUGAUAUGUUUGGGCUGGUUUCAAGCAUUUUAGAGGAGCCAAGCAAGCCAGAACCAGUUACAGAUUGGAAUUCUCUUUCAAGAUUGUUUCCCCCAAUAUGGGCACCUGAUCUUGGAAGCAAUGGUGAAUUCUCAGGGCUCCCUUCUAAGCACUCUAGUGAAAGCAAAGAUUUUUCAGACCUGCUGGGCACACAGAGCUACUAUCAGGAGCACCUGCAGAAGUCUCAUGAUGUGGAGAUGUUGCACAGAGGUUUGGAAGACCUUCAUCUCAUAGAGUCUUGGCUUUCCCCAUCUGGCACUUGCACUCAGCCUGAUCAUACUCUGAAGGACUGUUACCCUGACAGUUCCUCUUUGCUAAGUAACAGCAUGACUCACCAGGAGGGGUUCUUGUGUCCCAGUGCAGACUACACUCAGCGCCUGUGCAGCUAUGACCACGUGAGCUUAAAUGGAGACUAUGAGAAAGUGGCUUCCAACUUCAGUGUUUUUUCUUCUCAGAACACAAUGAAGGAUGGCACUAGCAUUCAGAAAGAGUACUGGAAGAUUGAAAGAACAAGAGGCAAAGCUCUGCAAAAUGGUGCUCAAGAACAAACUAAGUAUUCCUGCGAUCUUCCCAACCAGCCUGGUGAUAACUCUUGGGAUAAAGUGUCCCAGGACAACCACUUCUUCUCUAAAAGAUAUGAAAACUUAACAGCUGCACAUAAACUGCAGCCAUUAGUUCAUCCCUCUCUCUGUUUUUUCAAUCAACCCUCUAAAGAUAAUAAUUCCUCUGGAGGGACAAACAGGAAACCGCAGGAUACCCACGUGCAAAAUGGUCAGCACAGCUUUACUUUGGGGGAUGCUUUUAAUAACAAUGAAUGUAAGGUCCAGGCUAGUCCUAAAGAAUGCUCUCCUCAAGUCCCUGAGUAUGAUUUCUCUGCCAAAAAUGUUAUGCAAUGUGGGAAUUAUUCAUCACACCAGGGACGUGUGUGGCUGGAGGGGAAAAGUCCGCAGUCGUCCUCAGGGGUUUCCAGCAUGUCCAGUGGCUCUCCCACCCAUCAGUCUGUGACACAGUCAUCCUACUACUCACAGAUAUUACCUGUCCUCCCUCCAAGGAAAGAUGGAAGGUUACACAUGCCAAAUGGUGUUUCUAAUUGUUCAGGAGUUCCAAAUUUCACCUCAGCAGCUCAGAGGCAACUGAGAGCCUUUGGGCAGCCCCAGCACAACUCAUUGCCUCCUAAGAGGGGGCAGCACAGUAAACUCCGCAGCGGUUUUUCACCCGACUGGUUAAUGCAGAGGAAUGCUCUGAGUGAAGACUUGGAAAAAUACCACAGGUUUCCAAAAAAGGAGACCCCAGAGAAUAAUAACAGAGAUGACAGGAGAGGCAGAAGGAAUUGGGUUCCUCAGCUCGGCUGCACAGCCCCGAACCGGCAGCAGCCCAUCGCGUUCCGCACAAAGCAGGAGCAGAGCGGCGGUAGCGUGUCGGACUUCCUCAAUCCCUCCUUCCUUCCUUCUUUCCCAUUAAUGUCUGAUUUUAAACAAAACCCCAAGUUUCCCCCAUUUAACCACCACCUCUUUUCAUCAGCAAAUAACUUUGGGUUUCCUCCAUCACCGUUUCCAUUCUCGGAACUGGUUGACCUUUUCCGUUACGAUGACUUCAACCACUUGGGUCCCUUCAUCAGCGAUCUCUUUGGUGGGGAAGUAGCUGCUCCUUACUUUGCCUUUCCAACACCAUUGAACAAGUACAGACCCCCAAGGAAUCGCAGUGGGCCUGCUAAUGAGCUCCACCUGCGACUGGAGGAGUGCUAUGAGCAGUGGAGAGCUUUGGAGAAGGAGAGAAAGAAGACUGAAGCUGAGUUUGCAAGAAGCUUCCCAGGGAAGCGUGUGUCAAGCUCAAACACCACUCCUGUGUCCCGGCUGCCUGCGAACCCAUCCCGAGUCGAUCGCUUGAUUGUCGACCAGUCACGGGAGCAAGCCAGGGUGCUCACUCUGAUAGGGAAGAUGGAAAGGCUUUGUGGGACCCCUGUGCACAGGAACAUUUCCACCGCUCUGCAACAGCACAUGGAAGCCAUUCAGGUGACGCAGGCCAGGCGCAAGGAUGAGAUCAUUAAUGCUGCUAACCCCCAGAGACAGGGGGCACCCCGUUACAGUAAUGAGAAAGAUGUCCUGGCUCUGGCGGCUGCCAUCAGAGAGCUGGCUGGCUCCACACGCAAGGCUCGCACCGCCUUGUGGUGUGCCCUGCAGAUGGCCCUGCCGAAGAACUCCUCGAGCCCUCCGCUGAAACAGGAAGCUGUGGAAAGGGCUUUGCAAGAGCUUUGUCCUCCAAACACAAGCACACAAGAGAAAAGCUGCACGGAGCAUGAAAACAAAGGGAGCAAAGAAGAAAAAUCCGAGGAACCCGCGAAGAUUCUGGAAUAAUCGCAACUAAUCAUGAUGCUAUGAAUGACAAUAGUGAUGAUGAAAGGGAGAC